AUGAGUGCGGACAGUGACAGGGUGAGCCCAGGGGGUGGGGUGAUUCUGGGUCAUUCCAUGUGGCAGGUGGAAGAGGGGCCUGCGGGCAGAGGUGAGCCUGUUUCAGCUCAGCAUAGGGAGAUCCUGUUUCACUCCUGGCCAGCAGUACAGGGCUUCCCUGAGUACAGCGAAACCUUGGUUGAUCAAGAGGUGAUGAACAGCCACUGGGGCUCAUGCUGGGCUUCCCUGAGACCCCAAGUCUGGGUUCUGGCUGACCCGCCCCUCCUUGGCCCCAACUUGCUCGUAGACAGUGCCUUGUGGUUGGAAGAGCCGGUCCACACACGACAUCCCUUUUGUCCUCAUGAUUCUUUGCCUGAUGGUCACUAG